UGAAGAGCUUGAGAUACACUGUGUAAGGACGCAAAGGCACAAAACCAGCAAGAGAAGAGACCCCAGGCAGUGGGCUUGACAGACACUGCAGCGACUGUGGUAGUUAAGACUGAAAAGGGACCAUGGUGCAGCAGACGGAGCACAGCGAGGCGGACAGCGGCAUGUCCAGGGAGGCUACCGACACGGAGGAGAAUGAAUUCAUGGCUUGCAGUCCCGUACCGAUUAACCCAGACUGGUGCAAGACCGCAACUGGACACAUUAAAAGACCGAUGAAUGCGUUCAUGGUUUGGUCAAAAAUUGAGCGGAGAAAGAUUAUGGAACAGUCGCCGGACAUGCAUAACGCCGAAAUUUCCAAGAGACUGGGAAAGCGGUGGAAAAUGUUAAAGGACAGUGAAAAGAUUCCCUUCAUCAGGGAAGCCGAAAGGCUCCGACUUAAACACAUGGCUGAUUAUCCAGAUUACAAAUACAGACCUAAGAAAAAACCAAAGCUCGACAGCUCCAAAACAUCAGCAGCAUCUCCGGAGAAACCUUGCAACAAAAUGUCCAAGAACGCCGGUAAGAAAUGCUCUAAGUUGAAGAGCAAGACGCACGGCUCCAAAUCAUCGCAUGUCUACGGGGAUGACUAUGUAUUUAAGAACUUGAAAGUUUCAAAGACUGUAAAGCAUGAACUCACUGAUGAUGACGACGACGACGACUCUGAAGAUGAAUAUCGAGUCCGGAUUAAGCAGGAGGACGAGGACCAGAUGCGGCAGUACAGUGUAGCAAAAGUUCCCGCUAGUCCAACUUUGAGUUCAUCCGCAGAGUCAGAGGGGACCAGCAUGUACGAAGAAGUGAGGAACGCGGCACCCAACAGAAUGUUUUACAAUUUCAAGAACAUUACCAAGCAGAGCACAAUGUACCCUGCUUCCGUUUCACCAGCAUCAUCUAGGUCAGUUUCCACAUCUUCCAGUUCGAGCGAAGACGCGGACGACUUGCUUUUUGACUUCAGUUUAAAUUUUGCCCCAUCGGCCCAGAACUCCGAGUUGGGGAACCAGAAUUCAGGAAAUCUUUCACUCUCCUUGGUGGAUAAAGAUUUGGACUCUUUCAGUGAGGGUAGCCUGGGCUCUCACUUUGAAUUUCCAGACUAUUGUACGCCAGAGCUCAGCGAGAUGAUCGCAGGGGACUGGCUGGAAGCGAACUUUUCUGACUUGGUGUUCACGUACUAAAUUGAAAGUUCCCAAGUAAUAACAGAGAGGAAGAAAAGAAAUUAUAUGUCCCGUACAAGUUGUUUCUUACCCUGCCCUCUUCCGUGGUUUAUCUAGGGGGUGUGGGGAGGAGGCGAAGUGAGGUUUGAUGAAUUAGAUGCUUAUGAAGCUGGCACUGUAGCAAAAAAGAAAAAAAGUCUGCAGACGUUUUUCUGGCAGCAUGACAGGGUUUUAUGGAUUUUUUCUGUAGGUCUACAAUUACUGUUCAACUAAACCGGACCACAAAGGGAAAAUCUGAGAACUUCUAUGCAUCUUACCCUCUUAAAACUGCAGGGAGCUGAAAACGUAAGACUGUGGACUGAUUCAAAACAAAUCUGUGAACUGACACUGUUCAGGAUGUUGCUUCAAAACGGUUUUAUGUCAUUUCUAAAUGCCGCAAACGUUUCUUUUUUGUAACUGAUUAUGUUUACCUAGUGGUUUGAAAAUAAGCAGCCUAAACCUCUCCAGAGUACAGGUGUCAGAGGAAACAUUUUGAUACAUAACAGACCUCAUCUUUUUAAAUGAAAAGCAAACUAUUUUCAGGCAUAUUUUUGUACAGUUCAAAGGGAAUGUUCUUACUGUGCGUUCAGUGAGCUUCAGGCACUUCUUCCCUUUAUCAUUUGUUUUAGCAUGCAAGGGAGUCCUGGUUUCAAGGAUUAAGUUAAAUUAAAACUUGCAUUAAAAUGCCUUGUGAUUUUAAGCUAGGUUUUUGUACAGUUGUAGAUCAGAUUUGUUGAGUAUUUGUAGGAGAUAUGGCAUUGGGUGGGAAGGCAUACCUCAGUGCUGGUACUAGUUUCAAGAUUGUAUAUGUACUGUAAUAUAGUAAAGUUAGGAGUUUAUGUAUAUCAUACUCGUGAUAUGUGGAUGGGUCCCAAAUCGCAGGUGUGAAACUGGAUUUUUCUUUUUUUUCUUUUCCUUUUGGUUAUUUUGUAUGGCACAUACUGUUUCUCCCCCCUCAUUUUUGUGCAAUAUAUUUACUCUUAAAAAUGCAGACCAUCUACAUUUUUUGUAGCAAAUGAUGGAACAACAGACUGUGCACUGUCAACAUCAUUAACUGUCAUGAUGCUGAAGUCUGUCCUGGCAAAAAUAAAUAAAUCAGCUGGAACUGAUAGAAAAAUGAA